UCGGGGCGAGGGGCGCCCUUUUCUUCGUCUCCGGCCGCUCCGCUCCCGGCUGGGGGCCGCGGGGUGGGGGCCAGGCCGGCCCGGAGGCUGGGCACCCCGCCCGCCCGCGGCGGGAGGACGGCGUCGGCCGCGCGCGCGCCAUGAGGCUGCUGCUCGCCCUGCUGCUCCUGCGCCUGGCGGCCGGCGCGGCCCCGCCCGACGACAACAAGAUCCCCAGCCUGUGCCCGGGGCACCCCGGCCUCCCCGGCACGCCCGGCCACCACGGCGCCCAGGGCCUGCCCGGCCGCGACGGCAGGGACGGCAGGGACGGCGCGCGCGGGGCGCCCGGAGAGAAGGGCGAGGGCGGGCGGCCGGGACUGCCGGGGCCCCGCGGGGAGCCCGGGCCGCGCGGAGAGGCGGGCGCGGCGGGCGCGGCGGGGCCGGCGGGGGAGUGCGCGGUGCCCCCGCGCUCCGCCUUCAGCGCCAGGCGCGCCGAGAGCCGGGAGCCGCCGCCGCCGGACGCGCCGCUGCCCUUCGAGCGGGUGCUGCUGAACGAGCAGGGCCACUACGACGCGGCCUCGGGCAAGUUCACCUGCCGCGUGCCCGGCGUCUACUACUUCGCGGUGCACGCCACCGUCUUCCGCGCCAGCCUGCACUUCGACCUGGUCAAGAACGGCGAGGCCGUGGCCUCCUUCUUCCAGUUCUUCGGGGGCUGGCCCAAGCCCGCCUCGCUGUCGGGCGGCGCCAUGCUGAGGCUGGAGCCCGAGGACCAGGUGUGGGUGCAGGUCGGGGUGGGCGAUUACGUGGGCAUCUACGCCAGCGUCAAGACGGACAGCACCUUCUCCGGGUUCCUGGUGUACUCCGACUGGCACGGCUCCCCUGUCUUCGCUUGAUGCCCUCGCUCCCCGGGCGGGGGCCCCUGUCACGGGAGGCUGUGAGUGAGGAGGGGCGCCCUGCUGUCUGCUCAAGGCCUCUGGGAGACCCAGCCUGUGCUGGCAGGUGGGGUUCUCUGGCCCAGACCCCCCCCCCCCCCACCGCCCUCGGGUGCUCUCUCCCUAUACUCUGCUUCUCUCCCUCUCCCCUUGCCCCUCGGGCUCCUGGGCCCUUUCGGUGGAGGCCGUUCAAUAAAUCUACAAGCCCUG